CAUCUUUCUCGCUCAUCGAUUCUAGUGAGAGAAAAAAAUUGUAGGUAGCACAGAGAGAGUGAAGAACAACAACAAGAAGAAGAAAGUGCCUUCAUCUACAACUGUUUUAUACUCAAGAUCAACGUCUAACUCUUGAUCUCCAUUAACAACAAAGCAGCUUCUAGAAGUUUCGUGAGAACUUAGUUGCAGAAGUUAUCCACAAGUUCUUAAUCGAAGAUGUAUCAACUGCUGACAACGUAGAUGUCAACAUUGACUUAUGUGAUAAGUUAAUAUAGGAAGGAUUACAUAUUAUUAAUCACGAGCGCUCCAGAACUGGGUUAAUAAACACCAGUCUCAUUUUUAAUGAAAUUCAGAUGUUGCAGCGGCAAAUUAUGUUCAAGCAGCUAGAAGAACUCCAGAGGCAACAGAAGCUCCAAGAGUUAAAUGGCUCAAGGCAACAACAUGUUUUAAGUCAACAAUCUUUAAUACCCAAUAAGCAAGCUCUCGGGGCUCAAUACGCACCCUUAAUUAACGGAACACCGGUUCGUGAUGCAUCCCAAAUGUUUAUGUUUGGUAACACCAACUUGGCCCAUGGGUACCAGAGUGGAUUUCCUUAUUCACAGGCCCAAAAUCAAGUUCUCCAGUCAAUGGGCCUUGCAUCUCAGCCAGUUGAUGGGCAUAGUGUUAGUCAAUUUUUUAAUUUACAAGGGGAAACUCGUGAAUCUACUGGCGAACAAGUGGACACCAAUAGCAGGUCUUGUGUGAGUGAUCAGUUUAACGUUUCGUAUCAGCAAGAACAAGAUAUCAUCAACCCUUCUCAGGAAUUUACCAGUUUGGAUCCGUUAGAACGGAAGUUCUUAUAUGAUACAAAUGACGACAAUUUAGGAGGUUUCGGGAACAUGUUUGAUGACACAGACAAGGAGCAAGCUUUUCCGACUCUUCAAAGCGGGAGUUGGAGCGCACUUAUGCAGUCUGCGCUAGAAGAAACCUCGAGUACUGAUACAGGGGUGCAGGAAGAGUGGAGCGGUUUGAGCUUUCAGAACCCAGAAGUGCCCAAUGAUAACCAGCCUUCUGGUCUAAUGGAAAGCGGGAAAAAUCUAACUCCAUGGCAGAAUAGCACUCUAACUGGUAUUCAGCAGUCUCACAAAGAAGCUGGUGAGUUUGAGUUUGUUAACGAUGCUUCGAAUAAUGGCACAGAGUUUAAGAAGGAUGUCUUGAGCGGCAAUCAAAGACACUCAGCGUCAGAUGUGACAACUUUUAGAAGCAGUGAUUCAUCUGAUAAGUCAGCUGGCUUUCCUGCUCCAGAUUUAAGUUCACAGACAAGUCGCAAUAUGCUUGAGCUUCUUCACACGGUAGACAAAUUCAGAGGAUAUAAACACGGUACACAGUCUGCUUAUACCAACUCAGAUCCAACAAAUGAGAUGAUGCCUAAGGCUGAAAAUACAGAUGUAUUUACUCCAUCCAGAAAUUCUUCGGGCCUGCAAUACUCUGGCCUGAUGAUGGGCCCAACAACUCAGAGGCCCCCUUUAAAUUAUUUUGACUUAUCUCAGAUUUCCCAACAAGUGGACAACUCUCAUCUAGUUCCGUUAAAGGACCAAGAUGGUCGAAGAUCAUUGAUAUUUGAGGGUCAACAGGUUUCUAAGUCAACAAAGCAAACGCAUAUUUCCCCUCUGAACCCCGCAUACUCCGAUGCUAAUACAAGGACAGCAGUAAAGAGUGAAAAAGCUGAUUCCGACACUAAAGUUCCUCAGCUAACAUCCAUGUCGCAGCUCACUUCUGUUUACGAAAAGUAUAAAACCAUGCUGAUGCCUUCAGCUGCAAGCGAUGGUCAAUCGGUCAAAAACUCAUCUCACCUUUCUCUUCAAGAGGGUUAUCCGCUGUAUGGAAAUAGUCCGUCUGUGCAAAUGAAUUUAGCCAGCACAAGUCAAUAUGGGAGAGUUUGGCCAGUAACUGGGAUCAGCUCGCGAGCUAUUGAUCAAGAUUUGCUUGUUCCUCAAUCAAAGAAGCGUAAAUUUCCUACGUACGAGCUUCUACCAUGGCAUAAAGAAGCCGCAAAAGGUUCUUCAAGGCUUCAUGAUAUGAGCACUGCUGAAGUAGAGUGGGCACAGGCUGCCAAACGGGUACCUGAAAUGUUGAAAGAAGAGGCUGCAGCAUUAGGGAUGGUUCACUCAAAGAAGAGAGUUAUCUUAACAACACAGCUUAUGCAAGUGUUAUUUCGACCUGCACCAGCUGCAAUUCUUUCAGACGACGCUGCUAAAUGCUAUAAUACCUUAACAUACUUUGCUGCUAGAUUAGCACUUGGUGACGCAUGCAGCUUGUCAAAUCGCGUUUACAUGUCUUGCAACACGCCUGAAUCGUUGUCGGUGAAAGCCUCGAUAUCUAAGGGUAGCGGUGAUCAAAAUCUCUCUAAGAUUGUAGAAGACUUCAUUAAACGAGCAAAAGAGCUGGAAGAUGAUCUUUUGAGGUUUGAGAAUAGAGGAUCGGUUCUUGAAAUAAAAAUGGAGGCACAAGAUUUGGAGAGAUUUUCAGUGAUCAACCGUUUUGCCAAGUUCCAUAGUCGGGCUCAAAUGGUUGUAGCCGAGACGGCAUCCUCUGGCGGAGCUUCCGCUCCUCCUAAGCUAUAUCCUCAAAGAUAUGUUAAAGCUAAUCCAAUGCCCAUGACAGUACCCCAAGGGUAUAAUUGUCUUUCACUGUGACGAGCCUUGUUUUUGGCUUAUCUGCUCUCUUGCUUGUCUAACUGCACGUUUUUGGUCCGUCUUUCUGAACCAAAAUUCAACUGAUGUCGGUUUCGAUGCAAAGUAUAUAACGCUCUUUUGUAUAUGUCCACCCGACACUAAUUAAGGAGCGUUUGGAUGACUUGCGAGAAUGGCAGGUCUACUAAAUGAACAUGUGAGGUGAUGCACAUUCUGUAUGUUAGAUUUUAUAUUAAUUUCUAACAGGUAUAAUGCAAGUUUCUUGGUAGUGUUAUUACAUCUAACCAGUAUUUUCUUUGAA